AUGGAGGAAAAGAACUGGAUAAGAGGACCAAUCAUAGGACGAGGCUCAACCGCCACAGUGUCACUAGCAAUCACAAAUUCCGGUGAAUUCUUCGCCGUCAAAUCCGCCGAGUUUUCAUCAUCGGAGUUUUUACAGAGAGAACAAAAGAUUUUGUCGAAUUUGAGCUCUCCUUACAUAGUCCAGUACAUUGGGUCUGGUUUAACGAUAGAGAACGACAAAUCGAUGUAUAACAUCUUGAUGGAAUAUGUUUCCGGCGGGAGUAUUCACGAUUUGAUCAAGCAUUCCGGCGGGAAUUUACCGGAGCCGGCGAUUAGAUCCUAUACGCGUCAGAUAUUAAAAGGUUUGACGUAUCUACACGAUCGAGGAAUCGUCCAUUGCGAUGUGAAGAGCCAGAACGUUAUGAUCGGAGGAGAAAUCGCAAAGAUCGGCGAUUUGGGUUGUGCUAAAACGGUGGAGGAGAACGUGAAUUUAGAAUUUUCCGGUACACCGGCGUUUAUGUCGCCGGAGGUAGCGCGUGGUGAAGAACAGAGUUUCCCGGCUGAUGUAUGGGCUUUAGGGUGUACGGUGAUAGAGAUGGCUACUGGGUUAAGUCCAUGGCCGGAGCUAAACGACGUCGUUGCAGCGAUUUACAAGAUUGGUUUCACCGGUGAGUCGCCGGAGAUUCCCGAGUGUUUAUCGGAGAAAGGUAAAGACUUUUUGAAGAAUUGUUUGAGAAAAGAUCCAAAACAGAGAUGGGUAGUUGAAGAAUUGCUUCAACAUCCGUUUCUCGACGAGGAAGACGACGAAGAAGAAUCUCAAAUUCAUGAUUGUUUGAAUUCUUCUUCUCCUAGUACUGUGUUGGAUCAAGGUUUCUGGGAUUCAUGCGAAACCUCGAAAAGUCGAUUAAUUCAGGAAGAUCAAGAAGACCCAUUUGCAAAUUCUUCGAUUUUCUUACCGUCUGAUCGGAUCAUGAAACUCGCCGGAGACGAGCCAGAGUGGGUUACGACGGAGGAUGGUGGUUGGAUUGAAGUUAGAGAGAUAGAGAAACGUAACGAAGAAGAAGACGAAGAUGCGAAUUACGUUGAAGCAACAGGAUAA